UCAACAGACGCUUAGAUGAGUGGGUGGGUAAGGCCCGCCUGGCACUCACCAAGACUGUGAAGGAUGCAGUGAGGAAGAGCACAGAGAUCGGAGGCGUCGGUGACUUGGGUGAACAGCCUGAAAGGAAGAUCACUCGCAACCAGAAGCGCAAGCAUGACGAGAUCAACCAUGUACAGAAGACAUAUGCAGAAAUGGAUCCGACAACAGCUGCCCUGGAAAAAGAGCAUGAGGCGAUCACCAAAGUAAAAUAUGUGGAUAAGAUUCAGAUAGGAAACUACGAGAUUGACGCCUGGUACUUCUCGCCGUUUCCUGAAGACUACGGAAAGCAGCCCAAGCUGUGGAUCUGCGAGUACUGUCUUAAAUACAUGAAGUAUGAAAAGACCUUCAGACAUCACCUGUCGAACUGUCAAUGGAAGCAGCCUCCUGGCAAAGAAAUCUACCGAAGAAGCAACAUAUCGGUGUAUGAAGUGGAUGGGCGCGACCACAAAAUAUACUGUCAAAAUCUUUGUCUACUAGCAAAACUGUUUCUCGACCACAAGACUCUUUAUUUCGACGUAGAGCCAUUUAUCUUCUAUAUCCUCACUGAAGUCAACAAACAGGGAGCGCACAUCGUCGGCUACUUCUCCAAAGAGAAAGAGUCUCCAGAUGGGAAUAAUGUGGCGUGUAUUCUCACGCUGCCACCUUACCAGCGCAGAGGCUACGGAAAGUUCCUCAUUGCUUUUAGUAAGUGAGAGACCACGACAGUAACUGUAGUGUGUGUGUCCGAGUGAGAAUCAGGUAGCGGUUGAAUAUAUUUGGCUUUUUCUAUUCAUUAACUGUAUUCAUAAUAGGUUAGCCCAUAAACUGCCCAAAAUGAUAAACAAUCGUCAGAGUUUACCCACAAAUGAAUCUUUUCUUUGGUGCCGACACCAGUCAAAAAAUGUGAUCACAACAUUCUUCAUUUGAU